AUGCCCUAUGUUGAUAAGGAGGUCUGGGCUCUGAGGGAGCUGGUGGAGGAGCUCCGCUGCGCCCUUCAGGGCAGCGACGCCCGCUGCCUAGCCCUGGAUGCUGAGUAUCUGCAGCGGGCGGUGGAGGGAAGAGCGGCCUCUGAUGAGGAAGAGGAGGAGAGGGGAACGAAGGAGGCCGGGAGCCACCUGGUGGAGGUGAAGAGGCACAUCUGCAAGCUGCACGGCUGUAGCACCAGG